UAGAACCAGCAUGAUAUAAUAAUUCGAACACGAUGCUGUUCGCCUCGGUUAGAAUUUUUUAUUCAGUUUUCAGUGUAGAUGAUCUAAGAUGGAAGUACAACUACAACAAGAACAAGAACGUUCACAUAUCUUGUUCUGGUGUCAGAAGAUACAAUACAAUACAAUAGAUACAAUUAAUGAUCUCGCACAAUAUUAAUCUUCAAAGAAAUUGAUAUUCGGAUAAAUCAAUCAACAACAAGAAAAUGCCUGUCGUGGCAGCCGUUCCAUUCGAUGGCUCGAGGACCUCCGCGGGGUCGGGUUGUUUACUGCUGCAACCGCCAGCUUGCUUCCAAGACCCGUGGUCGGCGUUGAAACCGGGAACGACAACCGCAAACAAUAAGGCAAAGCCACUAAAGGGGACAUCUUCUUCAUUUGGAACAUCAUCAUGUUCUGGUCGCAAAAAGCGACUGCUUUCGCUGCUUGAAAAGUGUGAAAGUCUGCUAGAACUAAAUGAAAAAGAUUUCGGAGAUGAAAAAAGCACAAGAAUCGAUGCCGUAGCCUCUGAACUGCUGGAAGCAUUGGACGUUGAAGAAGGUGGGAAACAAGGUGGUGGAGGUGAAAACGAGGACCUUCAAUAUGCUGGAAAACAAGAAAAAUUUAUGCUUAGAAAAGCUGGAUCCCCUCGUCGAAAAGCUGGAUAUCUGUCGUGACGCCCCUACUUAUGAAGCCUAAUAGAGGAAAUGAAUCACGACAGAUGGAAAAGCGACAGGUCCAGUAAUUUUAACCAUUUAAGAAAGCUCAAGAUAAUAGUGAUACUACUUCUACUGCUACUUCAUCUUCCAAGCAUCAACAAAGUGGAACUACAUUACCUGCACAGCACCACGUUCCGAGCAGCAGCAAUGGAAGUAACCUAGGACUAAACUUAAGGGUAGGUUUUAGGUGUUCCUGUUAUCGUCGUGUUGCCUCUCCUAACCCUAAAGGAGACAAGCAUAACAAACGGGAAACAGAAGAAACACCAAAACCCUGUCUCUAAUAAACCUAAUAAAUCAUGAUCAUGAAGAUGAUCAACAAGCAGCUAGAGAGGAAGUCGAUAUGAUCCGAUUUUUGCGCGGUCUCGUUUUUUCAGUCACCAGUCCCGAUACAGCAGUGCAUCUACUGGAGCAAUGCCUGCAGAUGAACCCCUUUUCUCAACAAGCUUGGAAUAUUAAGGGUAAUAUAAUACUUGGUAGAAGUACCGCAGUUGAAGGCUAGUAAGUAGUACCAUUACUAUUACCUCAGUUGCACUUGCAGUAUUAGAAGUAAUGAAAUGGUGCAUCUUCGAUCUACAUGCAUGAUGUGCAUCCUCCCUACCUCUGUAGAAGUUCGCAAUAUUUCUGAUCCUCCCUUGUUUCUUGUUUUUAGCUGCUACGACAGUCUUUCAAUUCCUGUACGUAGGAUAUUUCUCAUAGUAAAGAAAUAGAGGGAACAAUAACGGAAUGAAGAACUGCGAAUACCUCGAAUGCGGUAGCUCUAAGUACACGCUAGGAACCUUGUAUUUCGAUCGCGAGAAUUUUGAAUCCGCUAUCGGUUGUUUCCAAAACAGCCUGGAUUUCACAGGCGAAAACGCGACAGCUUGCAGAUGUCUCUCAAUCGCUAUGCGAAAAAGCGAUCGGGCAGGUACAGCCACAAUUUGUUUAACUUGUUUAAAUAACUGCCUGGUUAUUUUUACUACUAGGUCAACAUCUAUGUAAUAUUAUUAUUGAGAACGCCACAAAGACAAAGAUGUCUAAGUCAGUAGAGCAAGUAGAGACCAAGCAGCAAACUACUUUAAUACUUCCUCGUAGUUGUUUUCAGCCACAUCAACUACCACAAGAACAACAUUUUGUUUACAGUUACAACACCUCCUCACUACAGGUGAUGGCAGUCUUGACUGGGCUAGGCGUGCAAUCCACCUAGAGCCAGAGGAGGUGCUGAACUGGGAAUGCUUGGGGAACUACUUCUUCUACAUGACCUCAGCGAGCAGGAGCGCACUUGAAGAGGCAUACGAUUAUGAAAGAGACUGAAGAUGUAGUAACUAAUAAAACUGUUGAAAUAACUACAAUAUUUCACUUCAGCAGGUAGAUUCUACCUGGUAGAAGCUGAUUUGAACACGACGAGCAUUUUGCAGCAGUCCAUUUUGCAGCAGUGAGUCUCUAAUGUGCGAUCUACACGAAAGCGACCGAACUGGAUGCGAAGAAUGCCAAUCGCUCUCCCACACUGUGGCACAACAUCGGUGCGGUGCAGCUGUGCCUCUUGUGCCUAGGAGAGGCCUACGAAAGUCUUGAGAUUUGCGCUUCACUCAAAAUUAUGGUGCUCCAUGAUAGCUAAGUAAGCAGGAUCAUUUUCUUGACUCCUAGUGUGCUAAGUAAGUAGAUGAAAGAAGCAAACCUGGUUUCAUCUUCUUCAUCAUGUUCAUCAUCCUAGUACAAAACAAAUUCAAAAAAUUGUAAUUUUUAUUCGAGUGUUCUUCUACUUGAGUCCUCGACGAAGAUGAAGCAAGUUCUCGGGGGAAAAGCCAAAGCCUUGUGCUGCUUGAUGUGCUUCUAGAAUAGUUCUUCUAUCUUCCGGCACCAGUUGUCGUCGUGGUUGUACUACAUUAUAGAACUAUUCGUGCUUCUAUCUUGCGGCACCAGUGGUCGUCGUGGUUGUACUACAUUAGAACUAUUCUAACGAAUGCGAGCAGCAUCAAGCCUUGGCGAAGCGGCAGAUGAAGCAGAUAACGGACGUGGUGAAGUUACGGCUACCGCUGCCUGAAGCAUAUCCUCCUACAUCAUGAUCCUUGGCCUCUUUUUCAAACGAAAAAAGGGCUCGUGGUCGGGGAUGGCUCUAAUGAAGAACCUCGAUGACAGCAUGGGCAAGAAAUGUGACGAUGGCAAUCUGCCUGUGCGUUGGCGAAGCAUGAGGAAGAAGAUAGACGCUACAGUAAAGCAGUUGGUCGAUCACACGGGCAAAAAAGCGACAUUCGGUGGCUGGGCUGAGUGUAUUGCUCCACUCAUUGUCGCUUCCGAUGCUUGUGGAGCUGAAAGUGAUGAAACUGGGCAGCAGGCAAGUGAAGGACCACAAGGAAAGACUGAAGGUAAACGUCAAGUAGUUGUAGUAGACAACAAGAAAAAGAACAAGCAGUCCGUGGUGAUAGCGCGUGCAAUGGUGGCCUUGACCGAAAUUCAAGUGCCGAUACCACUUGUGUGCAUGGAUCAAAAUCACGAUUUUUUUGUCGUAGCCGUAGGCGGAACCGAUCGAACCGCUCUGGAGAAAAAACUGCAUGAGGCGGAACAAAGAGGUGGCAUUCUCGAGAUUCGAGACUGGGAAGUGCAGCCUCUCACCUACAAACUUAUGAUAAAACUAACUUCAUCAAUAUCAGACAUUAUCUAUAAUUCCUUGUCCUUGGACUUUUUUCAUCUCCAGUCGUGAAAUAUGAUUGUUGACUAUCUAACUCUAAGGCUCACAAGCCUACUUCUUGUCCUUGCCUGGAUAUCGUGCACUCUUACUCUUUAGCGUUUGCUGCACUAGUAGUACUUCUUCCUUGUAGUUGUACUUCUGCGACUCGUUUUGUGUAAGUGUAUCUGGAUGAUGUUCGAAAGAUUCGUUAGAUGAUACUGAUACUAGAUAGUAGCAUACGACAAAUGUUGUCGUAGUUGUAGUUCGUUCCUGCUCCUCAUCUUCAUCACAAUAUUGAAAGUAUAUUACAUCUAGGGAUAUUUUCGCUUGUUCUACGUCUUUUUCAUCUUCAAAUCACAUAAGAUAGAAAUAGGACAAAAUGAAAGAGAAUUAUAGAGUCGCGCAACACGUCAUCUGCGCUUUACUAAGAAAUGCAAGGAAGCAGUGGCAACAGGAGUUCGAGAGUGGCGAUGUAUCCGCGUCGACGAUCCGAAGUGCUUAACUUUAGACGGACAAAAUCUCGGAAAUUUGGCCGUUGUCAGCACCCAAUUUUAGGUUGUAAUUGCCGGGUCCGGAGGUCGUCGAUUCUUUCCCUUAUUAUAAUAUAUAUAUUGUAAGAUACAGAGUUUUGCAGCGGCAUCUAGCUGAAGAUGUAGGUUCUCUUCACUUUCGACACGCAGAAUCAAUUCAUCAACGAGAAGUUGUAGUUUCGUAUCAACGCAUCAUGGAGUUGCAGUUGUUGUGUUAGCAAAAAUGAUCGACGAGCAGGACGAUGGUGAACAUGACAUGUAGAAAUCUAGUAGCUAAUUUUCAUCAAAUCCAGCAGUAGCCAGCACCUCCUGGUGCCUUCUUGUUAACGAGGACAAGAACAUGGUCAUGAUUGGUCUUCAUGGUUGAAUCGACAAAAGUGACGCUUGAAAUGACUAUGACAAGUUGGCUGAAGUCAGAUUCAGAAGCUUCAGAUACAGAAGAUUUUCGGAUCUCUUCAAUCAAACUUGUUAAAAAAAAGCGGACAUCAUUUUUCUUGUCUUUCUGGCUGACACCAUCGUGAAAACCAGAUAUUACUUCACCAAGUGGCGGCAUGCGCAGC